AUGUAUUAAGAAUUUACAACCUUAAUUAAUGGAAUGUGUAAUUAGAUUCCAAAAAAGAAUAUUGCUGAAGUUUAUAAACAUAAUAAGCAAAGAUAAUUGAAUUUAGUACAAAGGAAGAGUUGGGCACCAUCUAUAAAAUACUCAAUGUUUUAAUCUAAUUACGGGACAAAUGAUUAUUAAAUUGUACCUUAAGAGAGUUCAGAUUCUGAAUCUAUAGUUUUUACACCUUCAUAAUAUCCAUCAUUACAUAAAGUUGCUUCUCAAAUUAUUAUGAUUUCACAAUAUUCCCAGAUUCCUUGUUCAACAGUAUUGAAGGAUGGUUUAAAAUCUAAAUUGAUAAUUAAAAACAUUGAUGAAAACAUUGAUAUUCAAAAAUUGUAGGAAUUUGUGGAUAAACUUCCCAUUAAGGGUUUUGUUUAAGAAAUCAAAUUAAUAUACUAUUAAUCAAAUCCAUGCUUAUUAUUUCAGUUGAAAACAGAUUAGCCAUUAAUUGUGGCAAAUCAAUUUAUGAGUAAACAAAAUUAGAAAUAAGCAAAGUCAAUCUUUGGUUAUAAAUUUACAUGUGCUUAAUUGGCAUUGAUGAAUGAAGAAUUUGCUGCAGUUAUAUUAAGAGGUCUUGAUAAAACCAUUAGUACUAGUUAAAUAGAGAAGAUUAUUUCUUAUACAUUGAAGUUGGAGUAGAAGGAGUGUAUCAGAGAGACUCAAAAACAUAUAAUCGAAAUAGAAAAUGUAGGGUGUAUUACAAUUGUUCUUAAAGAUUUGGAAUAUUGUGAGAAGGUUGUUAUAGCAUUUAAUGGGACAAAUUUGAAUGGAUUAUAAAAAAAUAAAAUAUUAGUUAAUGUUCAUCCUGAGUCUGUAAAGGUCCGAAGAAUCGAUCUUAGUCAAUCCAUUUAGAAAGGACUAUUACAAGUAAAUUAAUUAAGCAAUAUAUAGAAAAUAAUCAAGGUUAAUGAAGAGGAAAUGAAUUGA